ACUCCGGUGAACCUGAAGAGACGGCAAUACUGGGACUCUCAAACUCUCCAUGUCUGCACAUAGAUAGAUAGAUAUUCUUAACAGCGCAGAAAUGUGGAGCUGCUCACCUUGCAAGAAAAGAUCCUGCUCAACAAGGAGGAGGCCCAAGCUUUACCAGUAAACACAACUUCCAUGAUCUACAAACAUCACUUCAGAAACUCGGGCUGCCUGGAAAAACUGCUCUUCACCCUUCCUCGUUUAAUUGAAACUGUCCUUUCAAUUGCAAAGGCCACCCAUUAGCAUUACAAAGUCACAGGACUUUCUCCUCAGUUCUGCUGCGCUGCUUUUCUCACAUUCAGGAUGCUGAGACAGCCUGAUCUCUGAGGGAAGUUUAUUUUGUUUUAAGCAGAAGAAGAGAUAUUCUCAUUCGAGACACCAACAAGACGCCUAACAAGAGUCUUUUGCGAACAAAAAUACUUAAAGUACUGUAAGCGAAUGAAGCGGAACGCGACAAGUGCGGGGCUGGCCCUGCGGGUCCCUGCGGCGCAGCAGCCCCGGCCCCGCCGCCGCCUCAGCCGCCUCUUCCCGCCCUUUGUCCCGCCCCUUUUUCUCCCCUCAGGGCCCGGCGGCCCCUCAGCGUCUCCCGCCGCCGCUGCCCCUGCCCUGCGCCGCGCUGGCGGGACUGCGAACGGGGACUUUAUACCGCAAAAACACUCUUCUCUAAAAUAAUGUGUGUUGACAAGUCAUUCUGGAACCUUUUCAGUGAUUCUCUGCCACAGUUCGCACACAAAAGGAAAUUGACCAACGGGACACAAAAGCCCAAGCAUUCAUGACCCUCCCUAACUGAACAAGCACGAUUUCCAGAAGAAUUGACAUCACAGAAAAUAAGUUGGGGCAAGGUGAAAAACAUUAUUGUUGCCACCUAAAGUAACAGACACCCACAGGAUUGAAUUACCUAUUUAUUGUAAAACAAUUUCCAGGGGCACUGUUAUAUUUGGCACCUGUACUUUGGUGCACUCUAUGGCUACAUGGUACCUCAGAGCACAUGUUGGAAGGUACAAGGUCUUUUAUUUACUUUGUCGACUCUAAGGCAUUUUUUCAAAAAACCCAUAGCCUAUGUCUGCUCUAAAGUUUGAUGUGAAUUUUCAAAAGUAAUUAGUAAAGGCCGGAAAGUUCCUAUUAAAAAAAAUCCACUGCAAAUGGAUUCUUAUCUGAUAACAACCAGACUCUGGCUGGCCAAAAUCUGCACAAGUACAAUCCCCAUAUUGAUGAAGUACUUACAGCAGGAAACAAUUUUCAGUGACACGCAGACAGAGAUACAAAUGACAGAAUUAUUUCAACACCAAACCGCUCCACACCUAAUGCCGAAAACGUGUAUAAGUGGAUGGUUCCCGUUGCUCAUUCCACCUGCACCAGCAUCCGCUCUGCAGUCAAGAUGAAACUCACCGUUGUGACCACCGUCCUGCUCGGACUCUUGCUGACUCCAGCCCUCGCUGAAUACUUUCAGAACCAGCAAGUCACCAGGGAAAUCAGAGUUAAUGGCGGCGUCCAAAUCCUGAGCAUCAACAGGGAAUCGCGUGUGGUCAUUGUCGAGCAAAGGAGCGAAUUUGGGACAUGGAAAACCAUUUGGAACUUCAACACGGGCUUUAUUGCAACCGAACUGAUGUCCGAAGGAAUUUGCCUCAUUUCCACAAUGAACAGAAACCUUCUACCCACCUUUGAGACAUUCCCCACAGUGGUUCAGGGCUUCCAGGGUCUGAAGGGUCAAAUACAACCGACUCGUGUGAUCACAUUCGUCCUCGGCCAGAGAGUUGUCCCUGACCUCAGGAUUUAUGGACCUGACAUCUUCAACACCUGCAGAGAGUCCACAACCGUACUGGCUUCUCCAGUUCCUGAACUCCAACUCCAACCCAUCUACAACGAAGGAGCCUGCACUAGACUCAACAUCCUGAACCUUGUGCAGCUGAACUACUGCCGUAACAACGUCAACAUCAAGGUCUGAAAAUCUCACCUUUCUGGAAACACUUAGGGAUGCUCGAUCGCUGCUGCACAAAGCCAACCCCGAUGCUGUUCUGCCCUGACAUCUCCUCUGCCAAGAACUCCCUUCCUCAUGAUUCUAAUGCUGAAACAGGUCAAUUGUUGACCACAACUUUCAAUAAAGCGCCUUAGCAUGGAUUAAC